CAGUGACGGGCAUUGGUUGGGCCGCCAACAUUUUUCGUCGGCCGCCCUCUUUCUCUGUUGUCACCGAACCAAACCCAGUCAACGACUCAGGUAAUGCUAUUCUACCAUUUACAUUUUUCUUAUUUGUCCUUUCCCUGCCUGUAGGGUUUCAUGUUAGUGAUAAGAAGGUAUAAAAGAGUUGAAUUGGUUUUCAUGGGAGUAUUGAUUGAGUUACUCAGAGAUCUGAAUUGAGCAGCAUUUCACCUUUACUGAUUUGGUAUUAAGCAAAUGAGUGCUGUUGUACUUCCUAAACAUGUUGCCGCUGUAUUAAAAUGUCAAAAGAACCCAUUAAGGGCACUAGAAAUAUUCAAUUCAGUGAAAAAGGAACAUGGGUUUAGCCAUAAUUUGUUUACAUACAAAUGUAUUGUUGAAAAGCUUAGUUAUUAUGGAGAGUUCAAGGCAAUGGAAGGUGUCAUUGAAGAAGCCAGGAAGAAUAUUGAUAAUAGGUUGUUAGAAGGGAUGUACAUUACUGCUAUUAGAGGUUAUGGAAAGAAGGGGAAAGUUCAACAGGCGGUAGAUGUAUUUGAGAAGAUGGAUUUUUUCAAUUGUAACCGGUCUGUUCAUUCGUUUAACACAAUCAUGAAUAUAUUGGUUGAACAUGGUUAUUUUAAACAAGCCCAUAAAGUUUAUAUGAAAAUGCUGGAAAAUGGUAUUUCUCCUGAUGUAUAUACCUUUACUAUUAGGAUAAAGUCAUUUUGUAGGACAAAUCGGCCUCAGGUUGCUUUAAGGCUUUUGAAUAACAUGAUUGAUCAAGGAUGUGAAUUUAAUGCAGUCGCAUGCUGUACAGUAAUUGCUGGAUUUUAUGAAGUGAAUUGUCGAGUUGAGGCUUGUGAAUUGUUUGAUGAAAUGCUUAGGCUCAGAAUAACUCCUAAUGUUACUACGUUUAAUAAGCUUAUAUGUACACUUUGUAAGAAGGGGGACGUCCAAGAAAGUGAAAGGCUUCUUAACAAGAUUGUGAAAAGGGGGGUGUUUCCAAAUUUGUUUACAUGUAAUCUCUUAAUACAAGGUCUUUCUGUAAACGGCCAACUACAUGAAGCUGCUAGGAUGUUGGAAGCUUUGAGGAAAGAAGGUUUAAAUGCUGAUCUAGUCACUUAUAACACUCUCAUAUGUGGUUUAUGCAAACACUCAAAGGUUGCUGAAGCUGAGUCUUACUUGCAUAAAAUGGUGAACCGCGGGUUUGAUCCUGAUGCAUUCACCUAUAACACAAUCAUUGGUGCAUAUUGCAAAUUGGGUAUGAUAGAGAAAGCUGACAGAAUCCUUAAUAAUGCAGUUUUUAAAGGUUUUGUCCCCGAUGUGUUUACUUUCUGCUCCCUUGUUUACGGAUUAUGCCAGGAUGGUGAUUUCAACAGAGCCAAGAGUUUAUUUAAUGAAGCCAUAGGUAAAGGUAUGGAGUCUAAUAUAAUCCUCUAUAACACCUUAAUUAAGGGAAUGUGUCAGCAGGGACUUAUCUUAGAAGCAUUGAGAUUGAUUACUGAAAUGCCUGAGAAAAGUUGCAGGCCUAAUACAUGGACAUAUAAUCUGAUCAUCAAUGGGUUGUGCAAGAUGGGUUGUGUAUCUGAUGCUAGUAAUAUCCUGAAUGAUGCCGUGACCAAAGGGAUCCUUCCUGAUAUUUUUACCUUCAACACCUUGAUUGAUGGUUAUUGCAAACAGUCAAAAUUGGCUGAUGCAAUCGAGAUUCUAAAUACAAUGUGGCAUCAUGAUGUUGUUCCAGAUGUGAUAACCUAUAACACAAUGUUGAAUGGACUUUGCAAGCUUAAAACUUCUGAUGAUGUGAUGGAAACCUUCAAAGUCAUGGUGGAAAAAGGGUGUGUCCCAAAUAUAAUCACAUAUAAUAUACUCAUUGAGAGCCUCUGUAAAUCUAGAAAGCUUAUGAAAGCUUUAGAAUUACUUGAGGAUAUUCAAAGCAGGGGUCUUAUUCCUGAUACAGUGAGUUUUGGCACUCUGAUAAAUGGAUUUUGUGAGAAUGAGGAUUUGGAUGGAGCUUAUGAGCUAUUCAAAAGAAUGAAAAGGCAAUAUAAAUAUUCUCAUACUACUGCACCAUACAAUAUAUUAAUCAGUGCAUUUGCUAAAAAGCUGAAAAUGGACAUGGCAAAGAAGCUUUUUCUUGAGAUGAAUGAAUGUGGCUGUCCUCCUGACAACUACACAUACCGUUGUAUGAUAGAUGGUUUCUGCAAGGUCGACAACACUGAAUUUGGAUACAAGUUUUUGCUUGAAAACUUUUCGAAAGAAUUUCUUCCAUCAAAAGAAACAGUGGGACGUGUGAUCAAUUGCCUAUGUGUGAAGAACAGGUUACUCGAUGCAGUUGGUAUCAUUCAUCUCAUGGUGCAUAAGGGUGUUGUCCCUGAUGUGGUCCACACAAUUUUUGAAGUAGAUAAAAAGGAUGUGGCGGCUCCUAAGAUUGUUGUGGAAGACUUGCUGAAGAAGAAUCAUAUCACCUAUUAUGCCUAUGAACUUUUAUACGAUGGGAUAAGAGAUAAAAAGAUUUUGAAGAAAUUAUCAAUGAAGGUAUUGUCUGCUAAGAAGGGACACUCAGGGAAUCCACUACUUUCUUCUGUGGCUGCUGUAACUCAUCAAAGAGCCAUGUUCCAUGGUUCUCCAAAGAGGUCAAAAGCAGCUAUGAAAGCCCUGCGGGAGACCAUAAGGGGUGAGCAACUAUAUUGAAGUCCCUGGUGCUGCUCUGCCCCAAAGAGGAAGAUCAUUGAGAUUGGUGCAGAUCACCUUUCAGGUUUCUGCAAAAGAUAUUUGAGCUAUAAUCCUAUGAUGGUUGUCGAAUCAAGUCCUCAAUACUUUAUUGAUGAAAGGGUCAGUGGCUUACAUGACCUUUCUGUUGAUUUUGAGCAAUAUACAAAAACAUCUAGGUUCUACCACUUUGAGUCCAUCCUAAGAAAAGAGAGUCGCGUAGGAAUAACAUUGUAAGACUUGAUACAUUUUAAAUCUCAAAAUUGAAUAUUUUGGUGAUAUGGCUCCAAAUGAUUUCUUUGUGAAAACCUUUAAUGAACCCUCCAUAGGAAGUUGGGGUAGCAAUAUGUACAGUUUGACAAUUUUCAGAGUCCAUUUUGGACAUUUAGG